AUGAGAGUUAGAAAACGUGAACAAAAUUUGUCGACUUUAGUGAACUUUUAUUACGCGCUCAGUACGAAAGAAGUGUCGCAGAUGGCGUCGAGCACAAAAACUUUACUACGAAUCUCCGCUUUUGCAUUUUGGACACUCAUAACAUUGGUGAUAUUUACGACAUACCAAAUGUCAUUGCAAAGCGGUAAGCAGAUGGGCGCCAGGUACAAUGUAACAGCGGCUGUAACGCAGCCCCAUUUGUUAAUGAACGGAAGCAAGCUGAAAACGGAAGACAUUAUGAAACUACGUCAAGCAGAGUUGCCAAAUGUGCCCUUCGAUUUGUGGCACCGCCUGGAAGCGAUGCGCCUAAAUAGCUCUUGCGCCCACGCGCCAUCCCUGCUAGAGCUACGCUUUCACAACGACUUCUGGCAGGUGUUUCACAAUGCCAACUUCACUUAUCAUCUCUUCAAUGCGUAUUUCGAUGCGCGCGCCCAUGUCAUACAGUCCAGCACAGUGGUGCGCGUGCUUGCCAUGUUGAAUGACAAGGAACCACCGAAAAAUAAGAUCCACUGUCAGUUAUGGUAUGACAGUGACGAUAAACCGACCAUUGUGCCCGUGGUAGAACAACAUCUCGUGUGGCACAUCAAGUGGAUUACCGAUGCUGAUUAUUUUCCACAUUUACUCACAUGUGCGGUGCCGUCGGUAACGCGGGAAGCGGUCGCACCCCGCGCCGUUUCCUUGGUGAUGAAUACCUGUGACAGGGCCACGAAUAUACUGCGCGUACUAUAUGAACGACCGGCCGGUAAUGAGACACAGCACGGUUUCGCGAUUUGCCUAAAGGGUUUGGAUUAUCCUAAUGCUGAUAUGGGUCCACGUUUGGUUGAGUGGUUGGAAAUGCAGCGCCUGUUGGGCGCACGUAAGGUCAUCACCUACAAAUUGGUUCUGCAUCCGAAUUUGGAGCGUGUGUUAGAGCACUAUGUGGAGGAGGGUUUUGUUGAAGUACAUCCGCUGAGUAUGGGUUCGGAGAUGGUGAGCAAACCGCUAUAUCUCCAUGAUUUUCUCCACAGGAGUAUUGGGAAUAAGCGCGUGAACGAGCUGGUGCCUUACAAUGAUUGUUUCUAUCGGAAUAUGUACAAGUAUUCAUAUAUUGUGACUGUCGAUAUCGACGAGGUUAUAAUGCCGCUUGGCAAUCUCACCACUUGGCAACAGUUAAUCGACAAAAUGGAGCAUUUGCGUACCCCUAACUGUCCUGAGGGCUAUGCGAGUGUUUGUGUGCGCAAUGUGCAUUUUCCUACCGAUAGUGUGAACUUUACUGAAACGUCGGCAGCGCCGCAACAUAUGUUCAUGUUACAGCAUGUGUAUCGCCAGCAACCUGAAGCUGUUGGUAAAGGCGCUAAGUGCUUUCAAAAUAGCAGCGAGGCGCUGAUUUUGCACAAUCACUACAACUUAGGCGCAUUGAAGAGUUGUCGUUGGCGGGACUUGGAGCCGACGAUGGCGCAACUGCAGCACUAUCGUCAGUUAGAGAAUUCAGAGACUUGGGAAACGAAGAUAAUCGAUGAAAGCAUCUAUCGUUACAAGGACGCUUUGGUGAAUAGGGUGGAGCCGGUGUUAAAAAAGUUGUCCUAUUUACGGCGAUAA